AUGGCGACUGAGCGUGCCUCGGAUAACCAUGCCGCUCGCGAUGCAUCGCGAUCCCGUUCUAGCCGGGAAAACACCAUACGUUCGACCCUUCUGAGGAGAGACAGGUCUGCGUCGGCAACGCCCAAGAUUGAGCGCACCAUUUCCAUGACUGAUAGCUUCAUACUGGAACAUCUCAGGCAGACAGGCCCCCAAUCUCCUUCUGAGCUCGACGAUGAGUCGUCUGGAUCCCCGCGGAAAGAAAAAGAGACUUUCGCGCCGAUAUCCAACUGGGCGCACUUGUCAUACCUCAAGAACCAGAGAAAUCAACUCCGAACGCAGCUCAAGGUUCACCAAGUUGCGGGUGCAGAAGCGAAGCACUCGAUAUCCUCACUUCGCCGCCUUGCGUUCCGCAUGGCAGUGAACAUCUCUGUCAAAGAGAAACAAAUUGCCAACACAGCACGCAACCUCGCUAGCAGUCGCAAGAGGAACUAUCUAUCCACCCGGGAUACCGAGAAGAGGAUUGCAGAGCUUACCAAGAGCUUGCAAGAGGAGGAGUUCCGGAACAGGGAUAUCCUCGAAUGUCUGGAGAAAGCUUCAAUGCUCACGCUGCAGUAUGCCGACCCUGAUCCCGAAGUAUCGAAUCGCAUGCAGCCUGGACUCGCGUCUCCACCGAACACACCACCAACUCGCUUCUUGAACGAAACCCAUAACUCAAUCGAAACGCCCAGGACCACCUCACGACCUCCUAACUCGCUCUGCGACAAUCAUGGGUGGGACUUGACUCCGGAAUCAAGCAUUGCCGAUGUACGCACACAAGAUGGCCGUUUGAUCCAGGCGAAGCGGGAAUCAGACCGCGCGCUCGCUGUGUGUCGAAACAGGAUCGCAGAGUUGCUGGCAGAAUGUACGAAGACUAGCGACGCGGCAGUUAUGUUCAAUGCAACACAAACAGAGCUGGAAGCAGAGAUUGAGAACCACCAGACGCGCAUCGCAAAAUUGGAGCGAUCAAGAGCUGCUGUCGAGGAGACCCUUCGCCAGACGAAGCUGCAACUCAAGGAAUCGGCCAAAAUUCAAGGGGAGCUGCGUGCUAGUGUACAACACAAAGGCGAGGAAAUCCAAAAGCUCGAGAGCGUCACCAAUGAUCGACAAGUAUCCAUCAGGAGCAUGGAAGGAGAGAAGAGAUCUCUGGAGGAGAAAGUGCAAGAUUACAACGGCCGCUUGCAGAAGUUGGAAACGUACACGACUGGGUUGGAGGAAGAACUUCAUGUAUUGCAUCGGAAGCUUCGAGAAGCGGAGAAACGCGAAGUGGACCUUCGCGAUCGCCUUGCCAAGAACGAUGCGGAUCGAGACACAAUGGCUCAGCAACUGAAACACGGUCAUGAGAAUAUGGCGAGUUUGGAGAAGUCCAUCUCCUUCUUCCAGAGUCAGAUCACGGAAGAGACCAAGAAGAGCAAAGUUUCUGCUGGCGUCAUCUCUUCUUUGAGAAACGAUCUGAGAGAAUCAGAAGAUCUUAAGCGCCACGCAGAGGUGGCCUUAGGGAUCGCCCGAAGGUCCCUGACUGAACUGGAGGUCAGGUUCCGCUCGGCGCAGGAGGCCAACCACGACUUGCGAGCAGAAAUAAGUUCAACAAUCUUAGCCCAACGCGAAUUAUCUGAGGAACUCCAUUCAACCAAAGAGCGUCUCGACGAUGAGAUUGGUCAGAAGGAGAAAUUUCAGUCCGACGUAAUUGCACUACGACGAUCUCGGGAAGCCCUGGAAUACGACCUGGAAGCUGUCGUGGCUAAAGUACAGCUGCUAGAAGAAGCGGAUGCAGCUACAAAACAAGAGCUACAGUCUAUAAGAGAUUCCAAAUGUAUGGUUGAGCAUGAUCUCGAAGUCGCUCGCGGACACUCUGGUACACUACAUCGGGAGCUGAACGAGAGCAAAGACAAGCUUGCUUCACUGCAAACGCAAACGACUCAAUUGACUGCGCAAUUGCAAGAAGCAGACCAGGCUAGGACAGCUCUCACAGCCCAACUGAAAGACUCCGAGCAGAUGAGGAGUGUGUUAGAAUCUCAGUUGGAAGACUCUCACAAGGCAAGGUCGGAGACGGUAACACGUCUUCACACCAUAUCCGGCUUGAAAGCGGAUGUUGAGCGGGAGCGAGAUGCCCACCAAUCUCGACUAGCCCACAUGGAAUCAGAGGCGACCAGCAUGCGAUCUCAACUGACGAUGCUGAGAGACGAGCUGUCCCAGAGCCAGAAGUCGCAGGUUGAAUUUGAGGAACGACUUAGCAAGACACAGUCCGAGGCUCAGGGUCUCAGCGCUGAGAAGUCAGUCCUGGACGAGCAGUUAUCGGGCAAUGUCAAAUUCCUCUCUGAGGCUCAAGAACAUUUGGGGAGCCUCCAAGGCGAAGUUGCGAUUCUGAACAGCCGUAUUGCUGAACUGCAAGCCAGAGCGGAUACAAGCGAUGCCUCAAAGGCUGAGGUAGAGCGCAGUUUGCAUGAGGCAGUACAGAGCCUUGAGAACCUGAAGAGCGAGCUUGCCAAUACGCAAACUCGACUAUCAACUGCUAACGGAGAAGGUGAAACUCUUCGGUCGAAGCUUUCCAGUUUAGAAACGAAUUGGGCUCUACUUCAGGCCUCUAAAACGGACGUGGAUCUGCAGCUGAUGGAGGCAACCGAGGCUCGCAGCAAGCGCGAGAAGGAGAUUAUGUCACUCGAGUCUCACCUGGGUGAGGUGACAUCUGAAAGGGACGAGCUACUAGCAAAGUUUUCAGCGACCGAACAAGAACUCCGCAAAUUACAGGAAACAAGGGCCGAUUUGGAAGUACUUCUGGCUAAAGAAACACAGUCGACCGUGGCACUGGAUUCAGAGCUUCAGUCAGCACGGUCCAGUCUACACGCCUUGGAGAAGGAGAAUUCCACCCUCCAAACGCGACUCGAUAGCAACAGUACAGAGUUGAGAGAGUUACAGACUAAGCACACCGAACUUAAUGAUCGCUUGAGCAGUGUUUCCAAGGACAAAGCCAGCCAGGAGAACGAUCUCAGCUUCGUGCGGGGUCUCCAUAGAGAAUCAGAAACCCACACUGCGACUCUCAAUGAGAGAAUUGCUGAGAUGAUUCAAGAGGUCGAUGGUCUGCGCUCUGCGAAAGCUAAGGUCGAGCAUCGGCUUGAGGAACUGACUAAAUCCAAUAAUGACGUGGAGAGGGAAUUACAGGGGGCUCGCUCCCGUCUGUCGGUUUCGGAGGCUGAUACCUCCGCUCUCCAUGCUCAACUGUCGGACGCGCACAGUGAGCUCGAAAUUACUCGCAAGGACAAGACCGACCUUGAGAGGCGUUACGAAACAGCGACUGGUUCAAGAGGUCAGAGUGACAAAGAACUCGAAGCGCUCCGUUUACAGCUCCAAGAACGGGAAUUGGAAGGCGCCACAAUGGUUUCCAAGAUCUCCGAAGCGGACAAGGAGCUUGAGAAUUUGAAGCAGACAAAUGAAAAGCUCGAUGCUUCUGAGAAAGACUUGAUGCAUCGGCUCGAAGUAGCGGAAGAAGAGUUGCAGUCUGUCAAGACAGCUAACGCCCGCUUGGAAAUGUUCCUUGAGAAGAUGGAGCAAGAUAUGCUUAAAGCAGAGACAGCCUUCGCAGACAGCGAGCAACGGCUUGACGAAUUUGUCGCAGAAUCUGAAGCCAAAAUCGAUGCCGCUACGACUGCGAAGCUCAAGUACAAGCGACGGCUUACCGCUAGGAACAAGGAGAUCGAAAUCCUCAUCGAGGAGAACUCGGGGCUGCAUCGCCAUGUUAGUGACCAAUCGCACGAGCUGGAGACGCUAGUGCAAAGCAGGAAUAAACUGCUGGGCGAAGUCCAAGGCAAGGAGAAAACAAUCCAGGAGCUUGAGUUGGCCCACGAGGAGCGAUUGCGGAACGAACGCAAGAGCAAGGACAAUCAGCUCGAAGAGCUCCGACGAAUCCAAAUGUGCAGUGAGAGCAACUAUGAAUCACAGCUUAAACAGCGAGAUUCGGCCUUGUCAGACUUUAGGCAAGAACAUGAGAACAUGCUACGGUCAGAACUGGAGGCAAAGAACAACAGAAUAGAUAGGUUGCAGAAGGACAAAGAUGAGUUUGCUGCUUCUCUUACAGCCGUGGAAGCGGAACUUUGGGAACUGCGCAAGAGCAAGGACGAGUUCGAGGCACUAGUCGAACAGCUCAACCAGAAGUUACGGCAUUCAGACUCUGUGGACAGGUCGGGCCGCCCCCAAGAAUCGGCUGACAAUUUCACACCUGCAUUUUCUGAUGCAAAGAGUCACCGGGAAGAUGCCGAUGCUAGUCCCUCGACACCUUCGACGCCAAAGCGCAUUACAACUUUGGGGAGCGAUCACAGCGGCUCCAGUGUUCAGCCCGAUGUACCAAUCAACAGUACCGAGCCUUCAGAGGGCCGGGUUGCAUGGUUGAACGAAGUUGAUCGUGUACGCUUACUGCGUGACGAGGCUGCCAACCAACUCAAAGGGAUGAAGAAAGUGAAGAGCGAGCUCAAGAAAUCGCUCAGGGACAGUGAGGCACAGCUACAUGAUUUGGAGAGGAGCGGCAAGACCAGGCGCACACCAACCGUCCUCCGCAAACGUUCACACUACACCCCCACCCGGGACGCUGAAACGCCAUCACCGUCCCGACCCUCAACCGCAGGCCUUGUCCCCAAUCGUCAUUCGUCCCACCAGCACAACUCGCUCUACCAGGAUAGAGGCCAUGGUUCUGACCCGGAGCGCCCUGAGACUGCGAGCCCGGCCCGCCCUAAGACGGCAGGCUACGCGUCCUCUCCGCGAAGGUGGUCUAGCCUGCCGCGGCCAGGGAGCUCGUACCGCCCGGCAACGAGCAAGAGUUACGGCAAAUUGGGGACUGGGCUGCAGGAUGUGAAUGAGCAUGGCAUGAUGGUCGAGAGGCCGAAGACAAGCUUGGGUGCCCCGGUCUUACAGAGUCCAAGUGGAGGCGAGAAGAAGAGGUUCAGUAGUUUGAGGAAGUUGUUCCAUAAAGAGUCGUGA